GUCUUAUGCAACAUGGGAAGAGAAGACUAAAAUUCCAUCAUGAUCGGAGGCUUGUUCAUUUAUAAUCACAAAGGGGAGGUUUUAAUCUCUCGAGUGUACCGGGAUGACAUUGGCAAUAGGCGGAAUGCGGUGGACGCCUUCCGUGUCAAUGUCAUCCACGCGCGGCAGCAGGUGCGCUCGCCUGUCACCAACAUUGCCCGCACCAGUUUCUUCCAUGUUAAACGUUCCAACAUCUGGCUGGCCGCUGUCACCAAGCAGAAUGUCAAUGCCGCCAUGGUCUUCGAGUUCCUCUACAAGAUGUGCGACGUGAUGACUGCCUACUUCGGCAAGAUCAGCGAGGAGAACAUAAAGAACAACUUUGUCCUGAUCUAUGAGCUGCUGGAUGAAAUCCUGGACUUUGGCUACCCUCAGAACUCUGAGACGGGGGCCCUGAAAACCUUCAUCACUCAGCAAGGCAUCAAGAGCCAGCACCAGACUAAGGAAGAGCAAUCUCAGAUCACCAGCCAGGUGACUGGGCAGAUUGGCUGGAGACGCGAGGGGAUUAAGUAUCGUCGGAAUGAGCUUUUCCUUGAUGUACUGGAGAGUGUGAAUCUCUUGAUGUCACCGCAGGGGCAGGUUUUGAGUGCACAUGUAUCUGGCAGGGUGGUGAUGAAGAGCUAUCUGAGCGGAAUGCCAGAGUGUAAGUUUGGCAUGAAUGACAAGAUCGUCAUUGAGAAACAGGGCAAAGGGACUGCAGAUGAAACGGGGAAAAGUGGCAAACAGUCCAUCGCCAUCGAUGACUGCACUUUCCACCAGUGCGUGCGGCUCAGCAAAUUCGAUUCAGAGAGGAGCAUCAGCUUCAUCCCGCCCGAUGGAGAGUUUGAACUAAUGAGAUACCGAACCACUAAAGACAUCAUCCUCCCCUUCCGUGUGAUCCCCCUGGUGCGGGAGGUGGGCCGCACUAAGCUGGAAGUGAAGGUGGUGAUCAAAUCCAACUUCAAGCCCUCCCUGCUUGCCCAGAAGAUAGAGGUCCGGAUCCCAACUCCACUCAACACCAGUGGAGUGCAGGUCAUCUGCAUGAAGGGGAAGGCCAAGUACAAGGCCAGUGAGAACGCCAUUGUCUGGAAGAUUAAGCGCAUGGCAGGAAUGAAGGAAUCCCAGAUCAGUGCAGAGAUAGAGUUACUGCCCACCAACGACAAGAAGAAAUGGGCUCGGCCGCCCAUCUCCAUGAACUUUGAGGUCCCGUUCGCACCCUCUGGGCUGAAGGUGCGUUACCUGAAAGUCUUUGAGCCAAAGCUGAACUACAGUGACCACGAUGUGAUAAAAUGGGUGAGGUACAUUGGCAGGAGUGGGAUCUACGAGACCAGAUGCUAGCCCCAAGAACCUGGCGGGCUCCCUCUCUCCCCAGCCAACCCCCAGUCUCCUCGGUCUCCAAGUACGUUCAGAGAACAUCCAUCUGGCCCCCUCUGCACAUGGAUUGACAGAUGCCCGUGGCUCCUCUUGGGAAUGGACUCGUCCGCCUGUGACCUGUUACAGCCGAAGUUCAGAACCCAGCCAUGGACAGGAGGAGCGUCGUCAACCUCCUGCUUUCUGUCCCAGGGCAGGGAAGGGCUAGUCUAACCACAUCCCUUACGAUCUUUCUAGGGAACGUCCACCAUUAAACUCCUCUUCUGUUGGUGUCUCACUACUUGCAUUAUAUCCUAGUAUUUUUGAAGUUCUUGUGCAUAUGUACUCGUAGAAUAGGCCUGAAAAACCAUAGACUGGACAAAUCCGAGUUGAAGCUAACCUGGCUCUGUACUAGCUAUUGCUGUUGUGGUAGGUGUUGCUGUACGCUCUGAGGCACUGAAGGGGGUGCCAGGCUUUUGGGCCUGGCUGCCUUUGUUUCUUGCAAAGUCUUCAGUAGCGAGUCCUGCCGCGGGGAGGUUUGUGACCAAACAGCUUGAGGGUUUGCCCCCUUGCUGGUGUGUAUGUGGGUGGCGCAGCAUUUCAAAGCCCAUGCCAGGUCCUUGGAGCACUUUCCCACCCCUCCAUGUCCCUCACCUGCUGGCUCACUCGAGCCAGAAGCUGUCCCCUCAUUGCACGGCACCAGGGUGCAGGGCAGCCCAACUCUCCGGGAUGGGAAUGGCGGGGUCCGUCCUCCACAGCCUGCAACGGGAAUGGCCAGUAAGAGCCCCUGCCCCAGCCUCCCCUCUCCACACUUCUACUGAUGCUUCUGGGCCAAUAGGAAUGCUGCUGCUACCCACAAUCCUCUGCUUCUGGUAGUGUGGUCUCCAUUUCGUACAGUUUGUGAUUUUUGUCCAGUUCUAGACCUAAUAAAGUAUGUAGAAUGGA